AUGACUGAACAGAUGACUCUUUGGGGUACCCUUAAAGGCCACAAUGGCUGGGUAACCCAGAUCGCCACGACUCCCCAGUUCCCCAGCAUGAUCCUGUCAGCCUCCCAAGACAAGACCAUUAUCAUGUGGAAGCUUACCAGAGAUGAGACAAACUAUGGGAUCCCCCACUGUGCCCUUAGGGGUUACUCCCAUUUUGUUAAUGAUGUGGUCGUUUCCUCUGAUGGCCAGUUUACACUCUCAGGCUCCUGGGAUGGCACACUAAGGCUGUGGGAUCUCACAACUGGCACUACCACCAGGGGCUUUGUUGGUCACACCAAGGAUAUGCUGAGUGUAGCUUUCUCUUCCGACAACCACCAGAUUGUCUCUGGUUCCCGGAGUAAAACUAUCAAGCUGUGGAACACCUUGGGUGUCUGUAAAUACACUGUGCAGGAUGAGAACCACUCAGAGUGGGUGUCUUGUGUGCAUUUUUCACCCAACAGCAGCAACCCCAUCAUUGUCUCCUGUGGCUGGGACAACCUGGUCAAGGUCUGGAAUUUGGCCAACUGCAAACUGAAGACAACUUGGUACGAGCGUGGCAAGUGA